GUCAGCUGAAAGCCUGAAAAUUAUCGAGCAGAACGAUUAUUAAGCGCUCGAUCACAUUUUUUAGGCAUUGACUCGUUAACUUCAACCACUUUUGUGCGAAAUUUGCACAACCUUUUCUUGUUUUUCCUUUAUCAUCAAAGUUGGCAGUUAGCGGUAGCUCUCGACAUGGGAAGUAUUCCGCACACUCCCGAUACUCUUCCUCGAAACCGCAAAUUCUCAUUCCGCGACAGCAACGCCACGUUAGCCGUGGCAUCAUCCACCGGCGCUGUUGAAAAUGAGAGCAUCCGAAAAGACACCAAUUUAUACAAACUUUUCCGUCCCUUUCUUCUCCUAUUCCGCAUCGGAGGGAUGUUUUUCGGUGAUGCAUUCCGCACGGAUUCCACCGCACCGCGUAUCCAACGCAUUAUCGAAGCGUUCUUCUGUUUUUACAGUACCGUUGCAUUAUUACUGUGCUGGUUCGAUACUUCGGUCUUCGUUUACGCCUGCUACCAUCGCUGGCACGAUUUGCCCAUGACCUUUGAAGACAUGCCAACCAUCGUCGAAUACAUUAGUCGCAAUCUGUGGGCCGUGCAGUUCUGUGUGGUCUUCUUGAUCUUCUACCGCGCGUCCUUGUCCAAACACGGGUGGAGCUAUUUUAUCCGCCAAUGGGAAACUUUGAGCUAUAACUGCGUGUUCCCAAACUGUAAAGGUCACGAACGCUUCCACCGCGAGUUCCGCAAAAGGAGGAAUGUUCUGCUAACCGUCGCGCUCGUGCAUCUGGGGAUUCAGCUGACCUCCACAUACGGCAGCCGUGCGAAUUUGGGGGAAGUGGGUGAUACCUACGUCCAACCGGAAAUAGAUAUUGCGAAGCGGGUGGCCGAUUUCUUCCUAAGCUUCUGUUUUACCGUGCCCAUUUACUUUUUCGCUAUGGUGGCGUUUGUUAUCUCGCUGAGUUUCCGGCAUCUGAAGGAGGACCUGGCGUACGUGCUGCAGAGCGGAACGGGUGGAAAGUGUAUCGAAGAUUUCCGCAAACAACAUCAGGGACUGUGUGCGCUGGUGCAGAUCGCCGAUUCUUUGUUUGCGGCAUUCCUUAUAAUUGAGAUAACGUUAAGUGUGCUGCAAGUGCUGUUUGAGGUGUUCAUGCUGCAGGCGGAACUGGAUAGUGGGACUUCGGUGAACACGGGGAAUGCGUUGUCGUAUGUGUUGUGGUGUGUGACCUAUGUGUCGCAGGUAACAAUUGUGCUGUCUAUGGGAGCAUCAGUCAACGAAGCGGCACAUUCGCCCGAACUGGAUUUAUUCAGCGUCGAUCAGAAUACGCUAACGGUGGCACAGUGCCGGCAGUUACAGAUAUUCCUCACCAGGAUCACCUGCAGUAAAAUCGGAUUCACUGCCGGUGGAGUGUUUGUCAUUGAACGCUCAGCAGUGGCCGAGGUUUUUGGAACAUACAUCACAUACCAGAUCCUUAUUUUCGAGCUGCGACUGGAUUUGAAAAUGGAUAACAUUGUGGAAAGUGUACGGGAUUGCCAGUGUUUAAAAUCUUUAACGGCUUGAGAUAAGCCUAAAGUCUCGCUUGUCAAAUAUAUUAUCAUCACGGUGGUAUUAAUAUUCAUCACGACGAAAUGCAUAACAAUAGUUCUUGUUGGACAAAAGGACGCGGUGAUGAAUACUUCCAUAUAUUUAUUUGCAAACCAUCCGCGUCGUUAUUUUGCGCAACACUUCACCUGUUUGCUGUAACGCCUUCUCUUGACAGUGGGUAUAAUAAAUAAUUACACAUAG